AUGACUCAAGGCAACUUUUCUUUUAACCAUCGACGCUCUCAUUCCGGUUCGUAUGCCCCGAAGCUGAGAACAGCCCGGCCGGCACUACAUCGGAAGGGCACAUCCUUUGUGAAUCACUCCAUCUCGAAGCUGGGUGCAGGACACACCAGGCACAGUGAAUCAGAUAACGAUUGUCAAUCCGAGAUGGCGGCCAGUUUUCUCAAUUUUUGUGCCAUGUGCGAGAGACAGAUUACCAUACCGGACAAUUCUCGCCUUUAUUGCAGUGAAAGGUAUGUUGCUCGCCUUAUCUUGUCAUUAUCUUCUUUUGCCCUGGCACAGCCCCCUUGUUUUCUUUGCCGUCGCAAGGACUCCCACAAACCACUCUCAGCUUCCUUCUCAUCGAAUCACACCAUGCCAUCUUCCACCACUCCCCCAUCUUCUCCUCCUAUGUCUCCCCGAACCAUUGUACCACCUAUGACUCCCACCAAAGCUCCUAUCACAUCGACUCAGGCCAUCCGGAUACUGGGUGAGUUCCAUGACUCCAAGACGGAUCAGGACCCGUCCGAAUGGAAGCCGGUAAUACCCAUGGAUACCGGUAGUUCAGCCUCGCGGGCUUCAUCAGACGCCUGGCAAUAUCUGUCUCAAUUCCAUAGCGGUUCUGCUCCCGUUCCAAUGCGCCGUCCCAGGGUCGAACACCGCAGCUCAGCCAGUUUGUUCACGCUGUUGGGUAGUACGGGUGCUCCUCCGUCGCUGACGCAUACCUCAUCUACUGCGGCAUCUUCUUUCAGCAGCAAUGCUUCUGAGAGCUACCUGAGCGAGCCGGCCCAUCGUCCAUUGCCUCCACGCCGCAAAUCCUAUUUCUCGGGUAGUGCUAAUGGUGCGAAGGGUGUUGAGCUAGUUGUCCCUCACAUGGAGGUUCGUGUUGGGGACUCUACUGUUGACAUGAAUGGGGGAUCCAUUUUUCCAGCAAGCAGUGGGCUUUGGGGGGACCACAAUGACAAGUGCCCCGCCAUCAGGAUCUCGGGCACUGUACCCCUCCAUACGCCUGUACGCCCGCAGUAA